CUCAAGAAGACCUCUUUUGCAAGGCAAGAUCUGCACGCGGCGGCCUGACCGUGAGGGCCGACUUCCCAUCCAGUCUGCAGCCGCCAUGUUGUCUGCCAUGUUUGGGGUGCGGCGUGCGGCGCACUGUGAGGGCAAGAACGGCAACGGCAACCACGGCAGCGACGAGGCGCAGAAGACGGCCACCAUCCUCCACCCUGCUGCCUUUCCCGAACUCAUGAAGGUGAGGGACAUGAGAGCCUUCUGCACAAGACGCUGCUGGUGUGCUGAUUGCGUCGCGCCUCUCUCUUUGUGUGUGUGUGCGUGUGUGUGUCAGGGCGUGCCCAUGACGCCCAAGCAGGAUGAGGAGUACGGCUACCAUAAAUACAAAUGGGGAUACGAGCCCGUGCCCACAGUGAGUGAAUGAGUUCACACACCACACGGACUGCAGAGAUCUCCUGCACCGGACGACGUGUGUGUGCGUGUGCGUGUGCGUGUGCGUGUGCGUGUGUGUGUGUCCGUCAGGCUCGGACGAUGGGCGGCCGCACGAUCCGCGAGAAGUUCGACAACAACCAGGGCAAGGCCAAGGCGGUCCCAUGGCCACACGACAUGCGGCCCCACGCGGAAAACGUCAAGCCGGAGAGCGACCGAUUCAACCUACAGUGAGUGGCCAGCCCAGCAGCCAUCCACACAACACACACAUCACUCACACACAGACACAGACAGAUACGCCGACCCCGAAAAAUGGCUGUGUGUUGUGUUGUGUAGGUAUUACGACGUGUUGAGUGACUUUGUGCCGCUGGGCGGGUUUUCUGACAAGCCCAAGUUCAGCAGCCAGUGGGAGAAGGACCUCGCUUACAACACCAAGUGAGCCGCCAGCACCACACACACACAAGCAGAGAGAGAGAGAGGCUGGCAGAUCACUGCGAGUGUGUGUGUGUGUUGUGUUGGGAUGUGUGGUGUGUGUGCCAUGUAGUUUGUAUGCCCCCGAGAUGUAUCAAGAGACCAAGGGUGAGGACGACAUCCGCACCAGCAUCACCAACUACGCCGACAAAAUACACGCUGACGGACCAAACGUACUGUACACAACACAGUCACACACACACACACACAAACGGACGGAACACACCAGUGUGUAUGUGUGUGUGUGGUGUGUUGUGUUGGGGUGCUUUGCUUGUCAGGAUGCGUGUAAGUAUCUGCUGAUGGAGGAGUUUCGUUGCAGGGAGGCGCACCAGGCACACAUGGUCAGCCAGCCACACACACACAUGCGCCACAUACACAUACACACAUACAAGCGUGUGUUUGUUUGUGUGUGGUUCAGCAACCCGACGUGGCCGUGACGCGCUGCAUGAAGUGGAAGGAGGAGUGGAAGCAGUGCAUGUGGUCGGCAGAAGGCAACACACACACACAUAUACAGUGAAUAGGCCCUCCUGUCGAUAAGUGUGUGUGUGUGUGGACAUGGAUCGAUCAGGGAUCAGGAGAAGUUGACCCGGGGUUACAUGUACAUUCAGCGGCGGCAGGACCCCUUCAGGCGCAAAUACUUCUUCGGCGUCGAACACCAAUACUCAUAAACCCACACACACACACGCCGUUCCCUCUGUAGGCCUUAUUGGCUGCCGCCCUUGCAUCCGCAUGUCGAGAUCGGGUCAUCGAUUCUCGAGAUGCAGGUGCGACAGCGGCGCCCGAUGAGGACAGAACAGAGAGAAAUGCGACCCUUCUUGUGUACUUGUUUCGAUGUCGCCAGUGAGACAGAGAGUUGUGUUUUGUGAUUGCAUGUUGAGUUGGCUGAUGUGCCAACGGACGGCAAGACAGCGUGGGGAGACAGCGACACACGCGUGAAUGACAUCCCUGACCAUGUCGGCCCAGUAUUUGACGCCGGUGAUACGCUGCUGGUAUGCAUGCGUGUCGCCAGCGUCACUUGCUGGGUAGCCGUGGACGGGAUGUCAUGGCGCGGGUGUGUUGUGCGUCCGGCAGUUAUCGUGCAAUGUUGUACGACUUGAUGGAC